GUACAAUUUACCAGUUGUCUUUCUAAGAGUGCCGUGUGAUUGAGAUAUUUUUCAGUAAACGUUUAAUGUCAGUUUGUGUUUCUGUUAAGUUUAAGUAAUUUCCGAUUCGCAUAAAGCAGAGUUAUUGUUCAAAAAUGAACGUCCGCCCUCCAUUAGGAUUGAAAAGUCCCUUACGUAUUCCUCAUAAGCUUCUUAUGGGUCCUGGUCCUUCGAACUCAUCCCCGAGGAUCUUAAACGCUUUGUCUCAACCAAUAUUGGGACACAUGCAUUCAGAGUUGUUUGAUAAAUUACAUUUUUUUCAGAUUAUGGAUGAAAUUAAAAAAGGCAUUCAGUACGUAUUUCAAACAAACAAUCAACUCACUCUUGCAAUAAGCGCAUCGGGUCAUGCAGGAAUGGAAGCCGUACUGUGUAACCUUUUGGAACCUCACGAUGUUGUACUAAUUUUAAUUAAUGGCAUCUGGGGAGAAAGAGCAGCCAAUCUAGCUGAAAGAUAUGGGGCCAUAGUAAGAAAAUUGGUAAAAACUGCUUUGGGAAGCAAUUUUUCCAUAAUAGAAAUUGAAAAUGCUGUAAAAAUACAUCAGCCAAAACUGUUGUUUGUAGUGCAAGGGGAAAGUUCAACGGGAAUUUAUCAACCGAUAAUAGGAAUUGGUGAAAUUACGAGAAGAUAUAAUUGUUUGCUGGUAGUGGAUACUGUUGCUUCCCUGGGCGCAGUGCCAUUCCUUAUGGACAAAUGGAAGGUUGAUGCGGCAUACUCAGGAAGCCAAAAAAUAAUUGGAGCUCCACCUGGCUUAGCCCCGAUAUCAUUUAAUGAAAGAGCACUAAAAACCAUUGCCAAUAGAAAAACUCCUAUUCCGGUCUACUUCUGGGAUAUAACGCUGCUUGGACAACAGUGGAAUUGCUUCGAAAGGAGCGCACCAAGAUUAUAUCAUCAUACAACCUCUGCGACACUUUUAUACGGUUUGCGCGAAGGGUUGGCUGUAAUAGCAGAUGAAGGUUUGGAGCAAGUAAUUAAAAGACACCAACAUUGUGCUGCUCAACUAUACGAAGGAAUCGAAGCAUUAGGGAUGCAGCUUUACGUAGACGAAGAACACAAGAGAUUGCCUUCGGUAACUACCAUUAAAGUUCCUGAUGGCGUAGACUGGCGCAAAGUAACUGAAUAUGCCAUGAAAAGGUACAAAUUGGAAAUUAGUGGUGGAUUAGGACCGACUGCCGGAAAAGUGUUCAGAGUCGGAAUUAUGGGAUAUAACGCUACACAAGAAAAUAUUGUAUUCGUGCUGGAUGUUCUGAAGGAAGCUUUGAAACAUUCGGUGACUAGCUCAAAGUUAUGAUUUGGCAAAGAUGACGCUUGCGGAAAUUUCCAAGCCGUAAAAUAAUAAAAAUAAAAAUAUAUGAAUAGUAUAACUUCCCUAAUGAUGCAUGACUAUUUUUUAGAAAGGUCUAGAAAGUAAUAUUAAAGGUCGUAAAGACGUCGUUUAAUUUUAUGAAAGCGUUAUUCAAGUUUUAUUCAAAAGCGGCAAGAAAGUAAUAUAAUUGUUACUUUGCUUAA